GAGAAGGAGCAGCAGGCCUCCGGGCCCCGGCACCGCCGCCCGCAGGACAUUUCUGAUUCAUUUGCAUCCUUGAAGAGCAUCUGUAGAAGAGAAAGGAAAACAUGGGUGUGAAAACAUUUACUCAUAGCUCCUCUUCCCACAGCCAGGAAAUGCUUGGAAAGUUAAAUAUGCUGCGAAAUGAUGGACAUUUUUGUGAUAUCACUAUUCGUGUCCAGGACAAAAUCUUCCGGGCACAUAAAGUGGUACUAGCAGCUUGCAGUGAUUUCUUUCGUACCAAACUUGUAGGCCAAGCAGAGGAUGAGAACAAGAAUGUAUUGGAUCUGCAUCAUGUUACAGUGACCGGUUUUCUACCCCUUUUAGAGUAUGCUUACACAGCCACUCUGUCAAUUAACACAGAAAAUAUUAUUGAUGUUCUAGCUGCAGCCAGCUAUAUGCAAAUGUUUAGUGUUGCCAGUACCUGCUCAGAGUUCAUGAAAUCAAGCAUUUUAUGGAAUACACCCAACAGUCAACCAGAAAAGGGACUGGAUGCUGCACAAGAAAAUAAUUCUAACUGCAAUUUUACUUCUCGAGAUGGAAGCAUUUCUCCAGUGUCUUCAGAGUGCAGUGUGGUAGAAAGAACCAUUCCUGUCUGCCGAGAAUCCCGGAGAAAGCGCAAAAGCUACAUUGUUAUGUCUCCUGAAAGCCCUGUAAAGUGUAGCACACAAACAAGUUCACCCCAGGUAUUGAAUUCUUCAGCUUCCUACUCAGAAAAUAGAAAUCAACCAGUUGACUCUUCUUUAGCUUUUCCCUGGACUUUUCCUUUUGGAAUUGAUCGAAGGAUUCAGCCUGAGAAGGUUAAACAGGCAGAAAAUACCCGGACUUUGGAAUUGCCAGGCCCAUCUGAGACAGGUAGAAGAAUGGCUGAUUAUGUGACUUGUGAGAGCACAAAAACUACCUUGCCUCUGGGUACUGAAGAUGAUGUCCGGGUCAAAGUAGAAAGGUUAAGUGAUGAGGAAGUCCAUGAGGAAGUGUCCCAGCCUGUCAGUGCAUCUCAGAGUUCCCUGAGUGAUCAGCAGACAGUGCCAGGAAGUGAACAAGUCCAAGAAGACCUUCUGAUUAGUCCACAGUCUUCCUCUAUAGGAUCGGUAGAUGAAGGUGUAACUGAGGGGUUACCUACGCUUCAAAGUACUUCUAGCACUAAUGCUCAUGCAGAAGAUGAUGAUCGACUGGAAAAUGUUCAGUAUCCCUACCAACUCUACAUUGCUCCUUCUACCAGCAGUACAGAACGACCAAGCCCAAAUGGUCCAGACAGACCGUUUCAAUGUCCAACCUGUGGGGUACGAUUCACCCGUAUUCAGAACCUAAAACAGCACAUGCUCAUCCACUCAGGAAUUAAACCAUUUCAGUGUGACCGCUGUGGGAAAAAGUUCACCAGGGCUUACUCGCUAAAGAUGCAUCGCCUAAAGCAUGAAGGUAAACGCUGUUUCCGGUGCCAGAUAUGUAGUGCUACUUUCACUUCCUUCGGGGAAUAUAAACACCACAUGAGGGUUUCCCGGCACAUUAUCCGCAAGCCUCGGAUUUACGAGUGCAAAACAUGUGGCGCCAUGUUCACCAACUCUGGAAAUUUAAUCGUGCACCUGAGGAGUCUGAACCAUGAAGCAUCAGAGCUAGCAAACUACUUCCAGAGCAGUGAUUUCCUAGUACCGGACUACUUAAACCAGGAGCAAGAAGAAACCCUUGUUCAGUAUGAUCUUGGAGAACAUGGUUUUGAAAGCAACUCCUCUGUUCAAAUGCCUGUAAUUUCACAGGUCUCCUCGACUCAGAAUUGUGAAAGCACUUUUCCCCUGGGGUCUCUUGGUGGGCUAGCAGAAAAGGAGGAAGAAGUGCCAGAGCAGCCAAAGACCAGUGCUUGUGUUGAGUCAACCAGAGAUGACCCCCCAAAAUCAGAGCUGUCUUCUAUAACUAUCGAGUAAUUUUGCGGUUUGGCUUCAUUUUUGGUUUUUGGAAAGUGCCUGUGCUUGGUCUUGUACACUUAAAUUUAAUUUAAAUUUUUUAAACAAAAAAAAGGAUUUGGGAAAGAAUUUCCCUUUUUACUUUGUAAGCCCUGCAACUGAUGUUUUAUUUUUCAUAACUGAGAGAUUGCUUCUGUAAGUACACAGUAACAUGAUGUUGAAACAUAAUAAAAACUAUAAGGUUUAAGGAGAACCAGCUGACUUAAAACAUAUACCAGUUUCUUCUUCCAUUGUUAAAAGUAGGCUAACAACAGAUCAUUUGGUAAAGAAGAAAUCAGAUGAUUAUUGACCUUCCUGAGAUGGAAAGAGUACAUGAGAUACAAAUUACUAAACAGAAUUUGACAAAUGGCCUGAUAUUUACAUCUAUAUAUAGUAUGUUGUACAGUAUUUUGUAAAGCCUGUUGUUUUUGGAAGUAUUUAUGGUAAGCAUUUUUUUAAAUUAUUAGCAUAAAUAUUUCUGAAGUCCAGCAUACUUUUUUUUUUAAGCUUUGUCAUUUCUAUUACAAUUUUUCCUGGUGAAAAUUUGGUACUGGGAUAGGCAUUCUCUGUACCACCUCAGAAGCAAAGAACCAUGAUUGAGAAUAGUCAAUCCAUAGAUGAAAUGAGCAGGCAUGGAAAAUGAAGUAUAUAAAUCCCAGCUUCAUAGGAACUCUUUUAAUACUGCUUUUCUGACUAAAAUUUAUGUUUACCUGGUCUUUGAAUGUUAAUGCCUGGCUAAUUAGGUCACUGCUCAAAUCACUUUUCCCCUUGCCCUACCAACAGUACUUCUUUCUCUUGCAUAUACUGAUGUGGUACCAUAUAAAGGAAAAAUAGUGGAGAUAUUCUAUAUUUUAUAUAUAGGUUUAUGUAUUAUUGGAUAUGUUUUUACUGUGCUGUUUUAGACAAAAUAAAGAAUUCUGUGUUGAGGCUA